AUGAGCACCGACGGAUCAUCUGCGCACAACCCCCCUGACCUAGCCCUUCCCAAUCCCCCCGGCCACGAGCCCGAGCCCGCUUCCGACGGCCCGCCAUCCACCUUCCCGGACCAAGUCGAUCCCGUCACACUCGACUACGUCACCUCCGUCUUCGCCUCCCCCUCCACCACUCUCUUCAACUCGCCCGCCCGCGCCGAUUUCAUCAACGCCCUCCUCGGCGACACCCGCCUAGCCCACGACGCAGAAGACGACCGUGUCCUUCAUUGCCAACUCGCCACCCGCGCCGUCGAGCUCGCCCGCCAAGCCUCCAUUGUCCUCCAAGCCUCCUCACCGGACGAAUCCGAGCACGUUCUCUCCACCUUCACCCUCUUCGCUGCGAAAUGGCCCAUCCUGCUGGACGACAUCGUCCGCACCGACGCCGUCAAUUCAGUCGUCCUCUGCAUCCGCCGCCUCCGCACCCAUCCCACCGUCGUCGCUCGCGGCCUCACCGUCCUGCGCACGUUCGCCGUCACGGAUAGCAUGCGUCGCGACGCCAUGUUCCACGGCGCCGUCGACCUUGCGCUUGAACUCAUGGCCGAGCAUGCCGCCGAUCACCGCGUCCAGUAUCGCGCCGCCGUCUUCAUCGCAAACGUCGCUUUCGGCUGCACGCAUCGCAAGAGGAGGAUUGCGCGUCAAUCUGCCGUUGCGGCCGUCGUCCGUGGCAUGGACACUUUUCCCGACAAUGACAGGAUACAGAGCGCGGGCGCUCUCAUGGUCAGGAAUCUCACAGCUGACGCACAGGUCAAUCAGUACAUCGCAGGGAAUGAGGGUGCCGUUGAGGCCGUCGCCGCAGCCCUGCUGCGCUUCAGAGCCUCGUCUAGCCCGCGCGCAUGCGAAUUGCGUCUACAAUGCGUGCUCGCGCUGGAGAGUUUAUGUAGACAUGAUGAUAGGAAUACCCAGCGAUUGCUUAACGUCGAUACUCUAUUCAUGGCGACCGGAGAUUCGGAAGUUGGCUUGUCCUUGUCCCCAGCGUCGAGGGCCAAGCGUAGUGGUGAGGAUCAAGUGCAAGAACUUCUCAACGAAGAUGGCGAUGUUGUCGUUGAUGAAGAGGAGUUGCUAACGCUCAGUGAAACUCCUCAUUUCAGUCAUGGAGCUGCAUUGUGCCCUGGCAGGUCGCCCCUGGUUGCGUCGGUGUCGAGCAGCGCGGGCUCGGACAAGACGAUACCAAGCCUGGGAAUUGAGCGACGUACAUCCUGUAAUAACAAGGGCCGAGAGGUUGACGAACCAGCUCAAUUGAACGAGGGAGGACAUGCCGAGAAGAAGUCCAUCAUGAGAUCACUCAUCCACACAAUACGCCGAGACCCCGACGAUACUCUUCUUUUGGAAACUUGUCUCUCACUUCUCACCCGGCUCUCUCUGAAUAGAGGGGAGGUGCAGUCCAAGAUUGGACAACUCGGAGGCGUUCACGUUGCCAUUGCUUCCAUCAAACGACACCCAAAGUCCAAACCUGUCGUCUCAAGCGCCUCUGCCCUGAUUCGUUGCCUUUGCUUGCAAGAAUCGAACCGUAGUCUGGUUACAUCGGGGCUUCAAGUAUUGAUAGCCUGUGUCAAGGAGUUUUUCAAGGACGGAGAUGUCGUAAGAGAGUUGGUCUCCGCGCUGAGUAACGCUGUGUUCCGGCAUGAAAAGAAUCGGUCAUGGGUGAUCAACCACGGGGGCAUAGAGUCAGUCGUUCAGGCUGUUAACCAAUGCGGAAGCAAGGACGUCAUGGUACUUGAAGCAGGCCUUUGUGCUCUCCGCAACUUUGUAGAUUCGAGUUGCAACGGUGCUCUGUCAGCGGUGGAAGAGGGUGCCAUCAAGGCAGCUGUUACCGCUCUCAGCAUCACUAAGGAUGCUUCCUCUACUGGUCAACGCAUUGUUCAGGAGCAAGCUGUGUUGUUCUUGGUUGAUAUGGCAAAACUGGCCCCCCAGUCAACCGAUGCAAUGGAAGCGGUGGAUGCCGCAGAUUGGAUCGAAAACUCUCUUGCAAAACUUCCUCUUACCCAGCAUCCCGAGUUGCAUACAGCUGGAGAUGAAUUGAUUAAUACUUUGGCAGCAGACGCACCGCCUGGCAGUGCAGCAACGGACACAGAGAAACAAAGCUCUCAUCAACGCGAGCGAGUAGAAAGACCUAUGUCCAGGAGGAUAUUCGCUCGCCUUUCUUUUCCGCGAGUUUCUGUUACCAAGGCUCCGUUCGGUUCCAUUAAGUCAGAAUCUCCAGACAAGAAGGCCUCUCCGCGGGAUAAUGGCGCCUCAAAAUCAGGAUCCAAAGUGAAACGACUGUCUCAGCGAUUGAGAUUAAGCGCUCGCCUCGGGUGAGGUUGAGCCUUUGUAUCAAAAAAGGAACUCCAUCAAGGAUACCUAGCCGUUAGCUUGUAGCCGAGGCACCCUUUCUGCACAGGCCUCCUGUACAUAUCUUCCGCAUCAGCCCCGCACAUAUUAAUGAUAAAAAAACAUGAACAG